AUGUGGAACCGGAAGGUGUUCAUCAGGAUCAUCGAAGUGAUACUUUGUGUUGCUUGUGUGGUAGCACUUAGGGUGACCGAUGAUGAGAGUCGAAGAGUAUUCCACUACUUGAGGAGUCGAAGCAGGGAAUGGUCCCUUUUGAAUAAUGUGACGUGGGGUGCAAUAGGCGCCGCACUAGCAACUGCGACCUGCGGUGGUUACAUAAUAAUAACAACGGGUCUUCUGAUCGCUGCUGCUACAGGAGAACUUUCUGGCCGAAAGACGGAAUUGUUCUUCCUCGGACUUGGUGUUAUUCUUUUUGGCAUCGUUGGAGCCUUAUCCAUGGCCUCUAUUGAGAACGUCCCUGAGAAUCUGAUAGAUAACGCCGCAGUCUUUGGGGCUCUGUGCUUAGUGACAGCUUUAGUAUUCAUCGCUGAUCUAUUGAUGGGCACGCCUAAGAAGAAGGUUCAGGGUAUGGCAGAACACUUGAAAAAUAAAACAGCAAAGCAUCUAGUGGCGGCGACGUUAACCACUGAAAAAGAAUCAAAGUCUCCAAAAUCGAACCCUAAAGUCUCAAACCAGGAUGACGGCGCUGUCAACGACGGCUUCGAGAAAGCAGAAGAACGUCACCAGAAAAGGUCACCUGAAGAUGUGUCCGAGGAUCCUCGAGGAUGGGAACACGAUCGUCCUACAUCGAAAGGGGCGCACAGAGACGACGAAACUGGGCGUUACGUACGCGAGGAAUCGGAUCGGAGAGAGUACACGCAGAACUUUGAGAAUGGACGAGCUCUCAGAGAUUCGCAGAGAUUUCGAAGCUCUGAGAUGCAGAAGAAUGGGAAACGGGACUCGUACACGAUAGAUCACAGAAAUGAGAUGCCUACAGUUGUAUACAAAGUUCAGGACAUCUAUCAACGACCCGUGGACGAAGUGGAUACGCCGCGGUUUCCAACGGAAAUGGACGCUAGACGUGAAACUAUGUUCGCGAAGGUUGUCAAUCCUGGUGUGAAGAUUAUGAAGGUCGAGCACGAUGUCGACGAAGCUUUCGAUUCUUACAGGUAUUCGGACAUCAGUCAGUACGAUAACGUGCCAAUUCGAAUGCGAGGCAGUUCACCCCACCACAAAAAGAAUCGUGACGUUUCGUUCAACGUUCCAUCACCUCCAAAGGGUUUCGGGAAGGCUUACGAUAAAAUCAAAGACGAAAUGGAAAUGCUCGAAGAGUGUUUCGGUUCCCUUCGAACGGCCAGUACCGGUACUCAAACGGCCGCAACUCGAGUGCCUUCUUCACCGACUGAUCCUGGUUACGUUCGACACACUGCUAAUAACUGGCCUCACGAAACGAAGACGAAAACACCUGGUAGUAGUCCUAUUCAUGCAAAAAAUUGAUCACAUGUGAAGGAACCAGCGAUCGAUC